UGCGCGCUAUUACACAGUACACAGUUAGGCUGGAAAUGAAAUGGAAAAUAAUUUCAGUCUGCUUUCAUUUCUUGUGUACAGAGAAACAAUAAAGUUAGGGGGAAAAGUAAUUUUAAGUUAUAAGUGGAUAUAAAUAUAAUGUUGAUAGAAAAUUUAAGAUUACUAAAUAUAAAAUUGAAUAACCAAUGGCGAAUUUAAUCGACUUAAACUAUUUUUGAUAAAAAGAUAGUAAAAUUUUAGCGAAAAAUGUAAAAUAUUAAAGGAGGAGUGGCAAACCAGUUGUGAAAAUUUUAAAACGACCCCAUUUUUUCAUUUUCAUCUCUACAAUUUGUGUUUAAAGCACAUAUGUGUAUUGCUUUUGUUUUUAAAUAAUUAAAAAGAAAUUGGAAUUAAUAGUUUAACAAAAAUAUUGUUGUAGAAAAACAACACUUUCGUUAAAUUUAUUGUGAAGUGAAUUGUAAUAAUUUUUUAUUUGUUUUUAAUAAAAAAAAAAGCAUUCCUAUAAAAAUGUAUUAAUGCUGAAAUAUUUCAAAUCAAAAAAAAUAAAAGUUUUCGUAAUAAAUAAAAUUCAACAUUUCCAAAAGAAUUCAACUUACGUUUUGAGUUGAAUUUUCAUACAACGUCACAACAAAAAACAAAAUGUCAAGCUGGGCUGAGCGCGUACAUCGACGCGCUGCUGAUCUUGGUAACGUUGUCACAUCAUGCGGUCACCCGGGUUCAGGCACUGGAACAACGUAUCCUUACCGUUUGGAAAAGGUUAAAUUUGGAGUACCUCUGGAAGAAGUUUGCAAAAAUAAUUUAAAUAUACCUGGACCACUAUUGGUGUUGAUAUUGAAAUUGAAUAAAGAAUCACCAAAUAGACGCGAUGUGUUUCGGGCGCCAGGCCAUCAGGGUGCUAUGAAAAAAUUAAUACAUUUUCUACAAUCUGGGCGCUUAGUGAAUGUUGAUAAUUAUUCCGUAUACACAAUAGCGAGCGUAUUAAAAAAAUUCUUGAGAAAAAUACCAAAUGGUAUAUUCGGACUUUCUGGAGAAAAGGAAUUAUUUGCCAUCAUCGAAUUAGAAAAUGAGUUGGAGCAAUGUGACCGCUUGCAUCGAUUAUUAAUUUCACUGCCCAUAUAUACUCAACAUCUGUUGGUGUUAUUAUUCGGAACGUUCCGUGUUAUUGCAAGUAAUGCUGCACAUGCAGGUACUGGCAUGACUAGUGAAGCACUGGGAGUAUCAGUUGCGCCUAGCUUCUUUCAAUCUUGUGUUAGUGAUGGAAAAACUGCUCGUAUGGAGGAUGUACUUAAAUUUAAGGUCGCGACAAAAAUUAUGAAACAUAUAAUUGAUAAAUUUGCAACACACGAUCUUUUUGGACGCGAUAAUUAUGAAUACUAUGCCCGAGUGACAGGACGUAUACUUAAAGUGCAAGACGAGUGGAUAUGCAGUUUCCAACAUCCACCACCUCCAAGAGAGAAACUAGCACAGCAAAAAUAUGCAUUACAACACUCUUUAGAGGCUGAAAAGACUUGGUUACAAUGCCAAUGUGAACGAUGGGGACUACUAGCCCAAGAGGAAUCUCGUUCAACACCUGCUCUAUUAACCAGUUCGAGUUCAGCUUUAGACAACAGCGUACUUUCCUUGGGCGUAACACCAGAACAUUCUUUCAUUGAAUCAUGUGCACGGCUCUCUGUUUCACUGGAGGGUCCUGGCCUUUUUGCAUUGAGCUCAUCACCAAUACCAAAACGUAAUACUCACGAUAUGCAACAAAAUGACGACGAUAUAGAUGACGAUGAGGAAAAUUACGCCGAUGAUGACGAAGAUGAUUUUGCUGCUGAAUUAGAAAUAAGCAACGAUGAUGAUAUUGAAAAUAAGCCGAAAAAGCAAAAUAUUAAAAUGAAAAAAUCUCGUAAAAGUGCCGUAAAUGAAGGUGCCAAAGCAGUUGUCGAUUAUGAUGACAUUGAUGACAACGGUGAUGAUGAUGAUAUUGCAAUUGUGAAGCGUCGUUAUCGUCAGAAUAAAAAGAAAAUGACAACUACAACAACGCAAAUGCGUGUACAACAUCAACGACGUUUACGUGUUGGGUCCAAAAGUCUUGAUGAACGCUGUAAUAUGGGAGCGACUUCUACACCUAAUGAAAAAUCAAGCGGAUCGGUUGCAAAAUCAAAAGAAUCAAAUGCUCAUAUGAUAGCAGCAGCAGUUAAAACGAGAAAUUGCAGUCGUUGCAAUCGUGGCAUUCGUCAUCAUUCAUCAUCGUGUUCUUCGACAGGAGGUGGCGCUGCAGGUGCUGCUGCCAAUGGAAGUGGCAUGACUAUGGAGGAGUUACGUGCUGUUAAUCGUUAUGCAGAGAGUACAAAGAGUCUAUCCUACUUGCCACAGGUGAGGGAUGAAUUCUUGCUUGCUUCACGGAUUUCGGUCCAUGAACGCCAAACUGCACGCAUGCGCACACGUUCAGAAUGGUUCUUGGGUCCUAAAGACGGUCUUGCAUUGCAAUUGCCAAAUACAUGUAGCAACUGUUGUCUCGCCGUCACACAGCAGCAACAACAACAGCAACAACAAUACGAUGAUUAUCAGAAUCAGCAACGUUAUUUAGGUGGUGGCAGCACUAGAGAUAUGCGACCACAUUGCACUGAUUUUGGCGAUGAUGAUGAAGAUGAUGAGGUAGCUGGCAGUGCAUUCUAUAUGUAUCACAAAAAACGUCAGCAUCAGUUACAACAACAACCAAAGCAGUAUCUACAACCAGAGCAUAUGGACACGGACGAAAGCUUUGAUUAUGAAUCACAUUUACAUUCCACAGCAAUGCAAAGAAGAGCAUUUCUAAUACCACAACAAGUAGCUGAUGUUGAAAAAUCCAACAAUGCAUUUGCAGCAAUUGGAGGAAAUCGUCGCCUAUUUGCAGAUACAAAUUCCGGUAGCUAUGUUGCAUCCAAUACUUCUACUAUCAAUUCUACUAAUAACAGUUAUAAUAAGAAUUAUCAUGAUAUAACAACAAGUACAACUACUACAUCUUGUAUUGACAGUAACAUAUAUAAUAAUCAUAACUACAUACCGAACAGUAACAAUAACAACAAUAACAGCAAUAACAACAACAUAAACUAUACAAAAUUCAAUAACAACAGCAGCAACAAAGAAAAUAAUCUUUCUCUUAAUUACACACUAAGUAAUCGUCAACAUUUAAUGAAAAUCAACAAAAUACACUCCAAACAGAAACGUACAUCAUUGGAUUUGUCCAAUAUGAGUUGUAACAGUCACAGUCACAGUCACAGUAACAGUAACAGUAACAAUAACAGUAAUCGUAACAGUAACAUUAACAGUAAUAAUAAUAAUGUCAAAUACAUUCCACAAAUGCAUGCACAAACCACUAAAACACACACAAAUACAAAAUCACUUUGUAAUUCACAUUAUUACUCCACUGAUGCGUUGCAUUAUGAUGAUCACGAUGAUGUUUCAUUUGUGGGCGCUGAUGAUGAGUUUGUGGUACGUGGCUACUAUGAUGAUCCGACAAUUGGUAAUUGCAUUAAUUCGAAUCUCUCCACAUUUUUAAGCACUUACACAAAAACACCUACCAAAUUGUAUCAUAGUCCACGCAAGCAGACACUAUCCACACGUGCCAAUUCCGUAAGUGACUUGAAUUGUAGUUUUUCAACUGUGGCUACAGCGGAUGAACUUAAUUUUCCUUUCGCCACACCGAAUGUCACAAAUACUAGCAUAACUAAUACCGCGCCUACGUCAUUGUUACAUCAAUCGAUAAGCGGUUCCGCUAUUGCCACUGACGCAAUAUCCAUGCCAGUCGAAGCUGAAGAAGUGGACUAUGUGUUUACAUCACGCUUUCGCCACUCGACACCCAUGUCACAGCGACGGCGCUUGGGUGGCACUAAUCGUCAGCGUUUGCGCUCUGAUUCCUCUUCAGCUUCACAUUAUCAGUCAUUAAAUUCCACAUUACAGGCACAUAACAGAUCCACUGGCGGCAAUGUUAGCGGCAGUAAUGGCGGUCGUCAUAAUGCCAGCACAAGCAACAGCGGAAGUAAUAAUUUUGUCACCGUUAUUUUCAAUGUUUUAGAUUUUCUGUUCUAAAUAAACAAACAAAAACUU